AUGGAAGCUCUCGACUGCGACAAAGUACUUCACGAUGCACAUCAGUCGCUGCAUCAGACCGACAUGGCAUACUCCGUAACUGUAAACGACAAACCCAAACACGUGGACCGACAUCAGCAGCCUACUAUCGGGCAGGUUGUCUAUACCUUCCUAAACAACAUCAAGCUCCGAUUUGGCGAAGAGUCAUCUGAAGUGGUCAGCAUCCUGAACAUCCUGGGUACAUUCCGAGUUGGAGGGCUGUCGAAGAAGGACACACUUGUUGCGAUCAGACUUAUGCUCGGAGACCAAGCAGACCUCAAGCAAGAUCUGUUGAACAUUCUCUUUCAUAGGGAAGCAGACUGGGGCGUAGGCGACUUUGACUUUGGCUCCCAUCAACCUUCUAGCCAAACAAGCCCCAGCCCGCAAUUCCUACAGCCGGUCCAUCAACCUCGGAUGCGUCUGCCUCCAAUCUCUCCGUUAUGGUAUGAUGAAAGACACUCUUGUCCAUCAAACCACCUCACAGGAGUAGUCGGUUCCGGUAAUAAUGGCAACUUUGGAAUGCCAGUAUCGUCGUCGCUAUAUCAGCUCCCGAGCCAGUUCUGUCGCCCGAAUCUUUUUACCUCCCCUAUCUUGACCGACUCUGCUCGUCUCGGUUCCCAUAUGGAAGGAAUAUACGGAGUGAAGGAUAGUCCUGCAAAAAAGCAACACGAUGUAGAGGUCAUACCACACCUAGGUCGUUCCCAGCACGAAUGGGAGGAAGCAGACCAUCUUGGGGAACCUAAAGCCUACUAUGGUCAGCCUUGGUCUCCAGUCGCCAGUAAUUCGAUGCUUGGUCCUACGCAGUCUUUCGCUCGCAAUCAUUUCGACUCGCCAGCUCCUUCUUACGAAAAUCACCUGUCUUCAAACUCGUCAUCAAGCAACGGACAAAUUGCUGCCAUUAGCCCAUCUGUACUCGGAGUUCCCGUCGCCGUACCCAUUGGACAGCCUAUCAAUGAUAUGCCGCCACCUUCCAAAAAGCGUCGUCGUCAAAGCUCAAGGCCUCAAGUAAAAGUGAAGAAGGAAACCAGCAAAGAAGAUACCGAAACCGCUAGCCCUACUCCAUCGUCUAUCACGACUAUCGACCAACUAUCCGUUCAACCUCAGCUGAAGAAGAGAAAGGUCCAGGAUGAAUACACAAUAUCACAUGCAGGAGAAGGGCCCUAUAUUCACAGUCUUUGCGGCAAGGGCUUCUCCAGCAGGUCGAAGGUCAAGAAACAUCACUGGGGUAACAAGCUUAAUAAUUUGGAUACAACUACCGGUUGCUGGGCGAAGAACAACAAGCCGAACGUGAGUUGGAACGAGCACCCGAGCUGCAAGAGGGGUGUUGUGCCGCCACAUCCGGUGAAAAAGGCUCUCCCAGCCGUACCCAAGCAGAGAACGAUGACCCAGAAGGCUCCAAUGGCGCCCUCGAUGGUACCUAAAUCGCAAGAUCUUUCUCCGACCAUUUCCGACACUCCUCAUGCCCAUCAAGAGAAUCAGCACUCUUUUGAAGGCCUGGGCUCUUAUCAAACUCAUGGGCUUCUGACUGGAACAAGUUUCGACAACCUGCUCACUGCUGUCAAUGUCGCCUCCCAAAUUGACGCGCCGCGACCGCAAGGACGCAUCGAUUCGGUUGUCUCUCAUCUCGACGCCCAGACAGUCGCUGCUGAACAUAACAAGCAGUAUGUCACCAACUGGCAGAACACUUCUGACGAUCAUGGUGGGGAGGCUCUUACAUAUGAUCACCAACACCCGUACACUACCUAUGGACUCGGCCUUCAGGGUAUCCAUGUACCCAUGAACAUGGCUCUACCGGGCCUCAACGGAUUGUACCCGUACCCCUAUUCAACACAUUCUUUCACCGAUUCACACUCGAACGAAAACCGCCACUUGAUGUACGAUGGCAUUGAUCAAAGCCGGACGACUCUCGGGUCACCAUUCUCGCCUGGUCUUGACAAAGACGGCCAACAGUUUUGA